AUGGACAAGCUCUGUUUGAAGAGCUUAACCGGAAACUAUUCAAAUACACCUCAUGAAAACAUAACAUGCGUUGCUAAUGUCCAUGAUUAUCAAUCUACUUAUCUGAUAACUCCAAAUGCCCAUAAAUUCGCACUUAUCCAUUAUGGUUACGAAAAAGUUGGAAAUUGCCAGUCAGGAAUCGAACUUGAUAACUCCGAAGGAAUUCAGAAAUCUCAUCCAGAAUUCAGAAGAUAUUACACAGAUAUGCUGACAGGAAUAAUAUUAGAAACAAGCAAUUCAUCUUUAUACAGAUUAUCCGAUGUUUCACUUGCAAUUUUGAGAGAUACAGGAUUUUAUGAUGUUUCACAUACAGGAUUCAAACCAAUUAUUUGGUAUAACCCAUUAGCAAUUACAGGAGAAAGAAAUACAAGUUUCUCUGAAAAUAUUCCGAACGAUGUUUAUCCAGAAAAUUAUAUAUUGACAAAUAGAAAUGAUCACGCGAUGUUUGAUUUUAAUGGUGUUGGAAAUUUUUCUUACUACGAUGGAGAUCAAUGGAAAGCAACAUCAGAUUGUGGUAAUGAAUCAGGACCGGAUAGUGAAUAUUGCCAACAUUCCGAAUUUUAUAAUCCAGUGGGCUAUACAACAAUUUUCAAUGAAAAAUUAGUUGACUAUACAAAUAUCAAAAUCCCUAUAUAUGAAUGCCCAACAGGUAAAGCAGCCAUUCCAACAACCAAAUAUCUGGACCUUGAUAGUAAAGGAUUAUGUGGAAAUUAUUCAUGUACAGAUGAUAAUUCUCAAUUUACCUUCAAUGCUUCAGAUGGCAAACAAAUCACAUGCAAAACUGGAGAUAAUCAUUCAUUAAUAGUUCAUUCAUAUCAGCAUUCAGUUGGUGGUACAACCUUCAAAUAUGAUUAUUUUUGCCCAGAUCCAAAGCAAUUCUGUUUAACAAGGAAACUUUUAGGUCAAAGUAGUUUUGAUACUGAUCCAUUCGCAUCAAAUCCUCCUCCAAUUCCUCGGCCAUCUCCAUCUCCAAAAGGAGGCGGUGAAUCUAACUCCGGAGGUGGAGGCGAUACCUCUCCAAAUUCCAAAAGUUUUAAUUGGCAGUUAUUCGUUAUAAUUAUGAUAAUUCUUGAUGUAGUUGUAUUCGUUAUAGGAAUAAUUGCAUUAGCAAUAUUGUAUAGAAAGAAGAAAGAUGAAAAGGCUGAAGAAGAAGAUUCUUAUAGCGAGUAUAUGUACUCAAGUGAUUCAAUCUAA